GGCCGUGCCCUCUGGCCGGCUGGGCUGCCCAUGCGGGCCUGGCGCCCUGACCCUCCUGCUGGGUGUCUGCCUUUUCUCUCCGUCUCUGGCCGCCUGGGGGAGGGGGCAGGGGCCCAACAAGCACCAUGGCCCAGAGCAAGCGGCACGUGUACAGCCGGACUCCCAGCGGCAGCAGAAUGAGUGCGGAGGCAAGUGCCCGGCCUCUCCGGGUGGGCUCCCGCGUGGAGGUGAUCGGGAAAGGCCACCGAGGCACCGUAGCCUACGUGGGCGCCACCCUCUUUGCCACUGGCAAGUGGGUCGGUGUGAUCCUGGAUGAAGCCAAGGGCAAGAACGAUGGCACCGUCCAAGGCAGGAAGUACUUCACAUGCGAUGAAGGGCAUGGGAUCUUUGUACGACAGUCCCAGAUCCAGGUCUUUGAAGAUGGAGCAGAUACUACUUCCCCAGAGACACCGGAUUCUUCUGCCUCCAAGGUCCUCAAAAGAGAGGGAACUGAUGCGGCUGCAAAGACCAGCAAACUGCGGGGAAUGAAGCCUAAGAAGGCACCGACCGCCCGAAAGACCACAACUCGGCGGCCCAAGUCCACCCGGCCGGCCAGUACCGGGGUGCCUGGGGCCAGUAGCUCCCUGGGACCCUCCGGCUCCGCGUCAGCAGGAGAACUGAGCAGCAGCGAGCCCAGCACCCCGGCACAGACGCCGCUCGCAGCGCCCAUCAUCCCCACGCCGGCCCUCACGUCCCCUGGGGCAGCCCCCCCACUCCUUUCCCCCUCCAAGGAGGAGGAGGGGCUGAGGGCUCAGGUGCGAGACCUGGAGGAGAAGCUGGAGACGCUGCGGCUGAAACGGGCGGAAGACAAGGCGAAGCUGAAGGAGCUGGAGAAGCACAAGAUCCAGCUGGAGCAGGUGCAGGAAUGGAAGAGCAAGAUGCAGGAGCAGCAGGCCGACCUGCAGCGGCGCCUCAAGGAGGCGCGGAAGGAGGCCAAGGAGGCGCUGGAGGCCAAGGAGCGCUACAUGGAGGAGAUGGCCGACACGGCCGACGCCAUCGAGAUGGCCACGCUGGACAAGGAGAUGGCUGAGGAGCGGGCUGAGUCCCUGCAGCAGGAGGUGGAGGCGCUGAAGGAGCGUGUGGACGAGCUCACCACGGACCUGGAGAUCCUCAAGGCCGAGAUUGAGGAGAAGGGCUCUGACGGGGCUGCGUCCAGCUAUCAGCUCAAGCAGCUGGAGGAGCAGAACGCCCGCCUCAAGGAUGCCCUCGUGAGGAUGCGGGACCUUUCUUCCUCCGAGAAGCAGGAGCACGUGAAACUCCAGAAGCUCAUGGAAAAGAAGAACCAGGAGCUGGAGGUGGUGAGGCAGCAGCGGGAGCGCCUGCAGGAGGAACUGACCCAGGCCGAGACCACCAUCGACGAGCUCAAGGAGCAGGUGGACGCUGCUCUGGGUGCUGAGGAGAUGGUAGAGACGCUUACGGACCGGAACUUGAAUCUGGAAGAAAAAGUUCGGGAGUUGAGAGAGACUGUCGGGGACUUGGAGGCGAUGAACGAGAUGAACGAUGAGCUGCAGGAGAACGCGCGGGAGACAGAGCUGGAGCUGCGGGAGCAGCUGGACAUGGCGGGCGCCCGCGUACGCGAGGCCCAGAAGCGUGUGGAGGCGGCCCAGGAGACUGUGGCAGAUUACCAGCAGACCAUCAAGAAGUACCGCCAGCUGACCGCCCACCUGCAGGACGUGAACCGGGAGCUGACCAACCAGCAGGAAGCGUCUGUCGAGCGCCAGCAGCAGCCGCCUCCUGAGACCUUCGACUUCAAGAUCAAGUUUGCUGAGACAAAGGCCCACGCUAAGGCCAUUGAGAUGGAGCUGAGGCAGAUGGAGGUGGCCCAGGCCAACCGGCAUAUGUCCUUGCUGACCGCCUUCAUGCCGGACAGCUUCCUGCGGCCAGGCGGGGAUCACGACUGCGUCCUGGUGCUUCUCCUCAUGCCCCGUCUCAUCUGCAAGGCAGAGCUCAUCCGGAAGCAGGCCCAGGAGAAGUUUGAGCUGAGUGAGAACUGUCUGGAGCGGCCGGGGCUGCGUGGAGCGGCGGGGGAGCAGCUCAGCUUCGCAGCGGGGCUGGUGUACUCGCUGAGCCUGCUGCAGGCCACACUCCACCGCUACGAGCAUGCUCUCUCUCAGUGCAGCGUGGAUGUGUAUAAGAAGGUGGGCAGCCUCUACCCCGAGAUGAGCGCCCACGAGCGCUCCCUGGACUUCCUCAUCGAGCUGCUGCACAAGGACCAGCUGGACGAGACGGUCAACGUGGAGCCUCUGACCAAGGCCAUCAAGUACUAUCAGCACCUGUACAGCAUCCACCUGGCCGAGCAGCCCGAGGACAGCACAAUGCAGCUGGCCGACCACAUCAAGUUCACCCAGAGUGCCCUGGACUGCAUGAGCGUGGAGGUGGGCCGGCUGCGGGCCUUCCUGCAGAGUGGGCAGGAGGCUUCAGAUAUCGCGCUCUUGCUCCGGGACCUAGAGACGUCCUGCAGUGACAUCCGCCAGUUCUGCAAGAAGAUCCGAAGGCGCAUGCCCGGGACGGACGCUCCUGGGAUUCCGGCCGCACUGGCCUUUGGACAACAGGUGUCCGACACGCUGCUCGAUGGCCGGAAGCACCUGACGUGGGUGGUGGCUGUGCUGCAGGAGGUGGCGGCUGCUGCCGCCCAGCUCAUUGCCCCACUUGCAGAGAACGAGGGGCUGCCCGUGGCCACCCUGGAGGAGCUGGCCUUCAAAGCGAAUGAGCAGAUCUACGGGACGCCCUCCAGCAGUCCCUACGAGUGUCUGCGCCAGUCCUGCACCAUCCUCAUCAGCACCAUGAACAAGCUGGCCACAGCCAUGCAGGAGGGAGAGUACGACGCAGAGCGGCCCCCCAGCAAGCCUCCCCCGGUGGAGCUGCGGGCCGCGGCCCUGCGGGCGGAGAUCACGGAUGCCGAGGGCCUGGGCUUGAAGCUGGAGGACCGAGAGACCGUGAUCAAGGAGCUCAAGAAGUCCCUCAAGAUCAAGGGGGAGGAGCUGAGCGAGGCCAAUGUACGCCUCAGCCUGCUGGAGAAGAAGCUGGACAGUGCGGCCAAGGAUGCGGACGAGCGCAUCGAGAAAGUGCAGACGCGGCUGGAGGAGACGCAGGCGCUGCUGCGCAAGAAGGAGAAGGAGUUCGAGGAGACCAUGGACGCGCUCCAGGCCGACAUCGAUCAGCUGGAGGCCGAGAAGGCCGAGCUGAAGCAGCGGCUGAGCAGCCAGUCCAAGCGCGCGGCCGAGGGGCUCCGGGGCCCUGCGCCCUCUGGCAUCGCCACCCUGGUCUCGGGCCUGGCGGGCGAAGAGCAGCAGCGAGGAGGUGCUCCCGGACAGGCUGCGGGCGCGGUGGCGGGCCCGGGACUGGUGAAGGACUCACCGCUGCUGCUGCAGCAGAUCUCGGCGCUGAGGCUGCACAUCUCGCAGCUGCAGCAUGAGAACAGCGUCCUCAGGGGAGCCCAGAUGAAGGCGUCGCUGGCGGCGCUGCCCCCUCUACACGUGGCCAAGCUGCCGCUGCCACCGCGGGAGGGCCCUGACAGCGAGCUGGCGGCCGGAGCGCUGUACCGCAAGACCAGCCAGCUCCUGGAGACGCUGAACCAGCUGAGCACGCACACGCACGUCGUGGACAUCACCCGCACCUGCCCGGCCGCCAAGAGCCCGUCGGCCCAGCUCCUGGAGCAGGUGGCUCAGCUCGCGACCCUCAGCGACACCAUCGAGAAGCUCAGGGACGAGGUCCUCAAGGAGACUGUAUCUCAGCGUCCGGGCGCUGCCGUCCCCACGGACUUUGCCACUUUCCCUUCCUCAGCCUUCCUCAGGGCCAAGGAGGAGCAGCAGGAUGACACGGUCUACGUGGGCAAAGUGACCUUCGCGUGCGCGGCUGGCCUGGGCCAGCGACAUCGGGUGGUGCUGACGCAGGAGCAGCUGCACCAGCUUCACGGCCGCCUCAUCUCCUGACCAUUGUGCCCUGCUGUCCCUCCCACCCUCCUGGUGUCAC